AUGUCUUCACCUGAUAUUGAAAAGGGCGGCGCCUUUCAGCCAGCGUCCCCAACAAGCCAUAACAGCCAGCCGCCACAUGAGGGCACAGAUGCUAAACAUGAUAGCUGUUCUAUCAUCUCAGAGGCCAGUCUCUCUCCUGUCGAGGAGGAGAAAAGUCCCAAGGAGCCAUUUCCUGCCUAUGAACGGGAGACGGACUAUGAAUCGCCGGUAGUGGUGCAUAGGUCGAAGCGCAGAGGGCUCUUUGGUCAAUUAACCCUGCUGGCAGAGGUCGAGAAUCCCAAGACUUUUCCUCGGAGAGCAAAAUGGUUCAUUACAUUCAUCACCGCCGUCUCAGGGGCAGCGGCACCCAUGGGAAGCUCUAUUUUCUUCCCGGCCCUCUCUCAAGUGUCCAAGGACAUGCACACCACAUCCACCAUCACGAACAUGUCAAUUGCUUUGUACAUGCUUAGUAUGUCUAUUUUCCCACUGUGGUGGUCGUCUUUCAGCGAAAUCCUUGGACGACGGACAAUAUACCUCGUUUCCUUCAGUCUUUUUGUGGUCUUCAACGUACUCAGCGCAGUGUCCAAUUCGAUUGCAAUGCUCAUCGUGAUGCGGAUGUUAAGCGGUGGCGCAUCGGCGUCGGUACAGGCAGUUGGGGCUGGCACGAUUGCCGACAUCUGGGACACGCAUGAGAGAGGACGGGCAAUGGGUAUCUUCUACUUGGGUCCUCUAUGCGGCCCCUUGUUUGCUCCCAUCAUCGGGGGUGCCCUGUCCCAGCGCUGGGGCUGGAGAAGCACGAUGUGGUUCCUGGUUAUCUAUGGCGGCGUCAAUGUGAUAUUCAUCCUCCUCGCUCUUCCCGAGACUCUCGUGGUGCAUAAGCCUGCGGUCUCGGAUGCCAUUCGGAGUGGGGAACCGAUGCAGCGUCAGAUGAGCAGGGUCUCUUCCCGAAGAGUUGCCCAGUGGACUACGACAUGGCUGAAAAGGCUCAAAGUAUUCUUCCUUGACCCGCUGAAAAUCGUUCUCUACCUACGGCACCCUCCCGUUCUGCUCACCGUCUACUACGCGAGCGUUACCUUCGGUUCUCUAUAUGUAUUGAAUGUUAGCGUCCAGGAGACAUUUGGGAAACCGCCGUAUAACUUCUCGACUAUCAUCCUUGGGUUGCUUUACAUCCCAAAUUCGCUAGGCUAUGUCUUCUCCAGUAUAUUCGGAGGGCGUUGGAUAGACCGCAUCAUGCAACGCGAGGCCAGAAAGGCGAACAGGUACGACGAGAGUGGCAAGCUGGUCUACCGUCCUGAAGAUCGUAUGCGGGAAAAUGCCUGGCUUGGCGCAUUCCUCUACCCAGCGGGGUUGCUGUGGUAUGGCUGGACUGCUGACAAAGGUGUAUUCUGGCUUGUCCCGAUGAUUGCCAACUUCUUCUUCGGCGUAGGGUCCAUGCUUAUUUUUAGCAUGGCAACGACGAUGCUGACGGAGUUCAUGCCGAAGAAGUCGUCCACAGGCGUUGCGCUCAAUAACUUUGUGCGUAACAUCUUCUCCUGUGUCGGAACUCUUGUCACGUCUCCCAUCAUCCAGGGUAUAGGUAACGGUUGGCUCUUUACCAUUCUCGGUCUGGUUGGCUUUGCAAGCAGCUCGGUGAUUUUGGUGAUGAAGAUCUAUGGACCGCGCUGGCGAGAAAAGAAUAUCGGUUGA